GCUGCAUAGAAAUCACAGUAAACAUUUUAAAUUGUUGAAUAGCAGUUAAGUAUAAUAGACACUAUGAAGAAGCUUAUUGUUCUCUUUAUGUUGGGAAUCGUUUGGCAAAUGAGCAUCGCAGAAGUAGAGCCUGAUCAAAGUACGGAAUUAGAGUCACCCUACAAUAAAGAAAUAAUCGUUGCGCUCGUGAAAAAAUGGAUUGAUAAUUACACAUCCAAAAUUGCGGAUGUGGCAGAACAAAUCUCCAACCUUAAAGAGCGAUUAAAGGAACCUGAUAUGACACCUGUAGAAAGGGCAAAAAAGGAGAAAGAAGACCAGUUAAAACGAGAGAAAUGGACGCUGGCGUAUCUCGAAAGAGUUGAGAACAAUUGGAAAAACCUUCAGGAAUCUAUAAAGAAUUUUAAUACAAAAUACGGUGGUUUGCAGGAAAGGCUCUUCACUAUACAGAAAAAGUUCAAAGAAUUGCAGAAAGUUUAUAAUUUUAGCACACAGGCACCUUUGGGAGAUUUUAAGAAAAUUGGUGAAAAUUUGUACUAUAUUGAAAACGAAAAGCCACUCAACUGGAGUCAAUCCAUGAAUCACUGCAAUAGCCUGAAUUCCAGCUUGAUAGAUUUUGAAAACGAAAAAGAGUGGACUAAUAUUGCUGCACAUCUUCAGCCAAAUAAUAGUUAUUGGUCAGCAAAGGUGAAUAUAUCAGAUACCAAGGAAGGUGGGGAAGCAUUCUACAAGUCACACCUUUUGGAUCCAAGUCAGAAUUUGACAUCAUUGAAUGACACUGACUGCUUUUUGCUACAUGCUCAAUUCAAUCACACCUUAAACGCUGGAAAAUGCGCGUCGGAAAAUUUUUACAUUUGCGAAGCCAACAAAAUAACUGAGCCAAUCAGCGAUAAUUAAUAGUUGGGAUAAUCUGUAAAUUCAAUAAAAAAUGUAUAUCCAUUCACCAUGUUUGGUCACAACCACUUAUUUGCUUA